AUGACUGUGCUGGAAGUGGAAUUUCCCUUUAGAAUUGGUAGGAGACAUCCUAAGCUUAAGGUGGAUGUUACAAUGGAAAGAAAAGAAGAUUUGGUGUCCUUUGACAUGGAAUACGAUAUGGACUUGGCGAUAGAUAAUGCAGAACCAAAAUCAAAAGAAAGGGCUGGAGGAAGAUUUAUACACGUAUAUAAGUUUGUUGAUUUGGAUAGUGCAAUGGAGUUUAUGGAAAGUAGGAAAGCGAAGGCCUUGCCCCCUAAAGGAUUGCUGGAUGUAGAGAGGGUGGAGAAGGAGAUGGACUUAUUUAUGGAAAGAUACGAGGCAGGGGAAAGAAAAGUCAAGAAGAAGAAAAAGACAAUUGUUGUUAGCGAAGAUGGAUUCAUGAAAUAUGCAUGA